CAGAAGCUGUCACUUGUGUAGAAGUGUAGAGUUUAGGCUUUACAUCACAGGGGCAGCCGAAAAAAACGCACACACAGAAAGGUCAAAGCCCAAGCGCCAUCGCAAGAGGCCUCCGAGCAGCCUAACGCUUCCAUCAUGGGUGAAAACACCAUCACAAAGCCUCUCGGGCUAGUUUUGAUCGUCACAGCUCACAUGGUGUUCAACGACCCCAGCCAUGCAGAACCCAUCGGGAUCUUUGGCAGCAACAUCACCCUUAAAUUUACAUUUAAUGUUAGCAUUACUGAAAACAGUCAAAUUGGAAUUUAUACAACAGGCGAGAAAAAGAUUGAUGAUUUUAAAAGUGGGAAAAGUUCCUUUGAUAUUUACCCCAAAAACAAUUCUGUAUUUUACCACAUCACAAAUCUCACUCUAAACCACACUAACACCUACUGGGCCAGUUUAUUUGGUGGCAUCCCAAUAAAAAGUAAUGAAGUGAAGCUGAUUGUUGAAGAAAGGAACAUAAGCAGUACAGCUCCACUGCCGUCGACUGAACCCACAAUUCAUGUCAAUGAAAGUUCCAGUUCCUUUCCCACCAGUAACAUCAUCAUCAUCUUCGCGGUUUUACCUGUGGUUCUGUUAGCAACAGUACUCCCAUGGUUGAUCUGUAGUCUCGUGAGACCCAAAGACAAACAACAACAACAACAAAGCCCGCAAAGCUCCACUCCCACAGUGCAGGAAUCAGUGGCGUCGUCGAGCAGCGUCUCUGCACCCUCGGUGAUCUACAGCGUCUUGGACUUCCCCAAAAGACCUCCAACGGUUGUUGAGAUCAACCCAAGAGAUACAGAGUAUGCUGCUGUCAGCUAUCUCACAGAAAAGAGACACAUGUGAUGCACAGCUCACUGUUUGACUAGUGUACAUAACCUAAAUCUAAAUAUAUUAUAAAUAUAAAUUUCUUGUAAGUGUUAAAAAUCCUGCUUUUGUAAUACUAGGACGUCUUAUUGCACUAUAUCUCAAACAAAAGAGUUGGGAGAGGAAGAGUCUGCAUGGGUAGUGUGUAUGUAGGUGUCACUUUGUGUUUGGUGGUCUCGAAAUUGAGAUGCAUGCUGCUGCUGUGGCAAACCUCAAGCCAGAACAUAAUACAGUUACACUGACAACCCAGCCUCGCAGUUAGCUUUCAAUUUUUCUUCGCUGUUAAUUUGUAUCGGGGGUAUCCGGCCACUAAGGAAUACUUAACGGGCGAUAAAUGAGAUUUUAGAUUUUCUUCAGACCAGAAACGCAAAGCAAGCACUUCCUGUGUAUCCAGAGUCUACUGUACAUCACUGCUCUGGGUCUCACUGUGUUUAACAGCUUGAGUGAACCACACUGUUGCACUAGGUGACAACACAGGAGAUGUAGUGACCCCUACAAACUUUGCCCCCUCUGUAGAGCACCAGAUUUGGGUUGUUCGACCACUGAAAUAGCCUCACUUCUGUUGACUAAAAACUACACUGAACAUUUCUGAUGCUUUUAAUAUUUAAAAAUCUUUAAAAACCUGCCAACUAAGCACAUGAAUUUAGAGACAGCUUUGCAAAUGUGGAUAUCCAAACCUGUUUGAAUGGGAUAUGUUACUAAAACUCUGCAGCUGACACUGUCUAAAGUUAUAAAAGUAUCCAAAAUGACGGAAAUAACUAAAGCAUGGUAUCCUUUGUUAGUUCCUGUAAAAUAGGGAUGCCAAAUUAAUUUUACAUCAUGGGCCACAGACAGCCCACCAGACUUAUAGAAAGUGAAAAGACAGGAAUCAAUUACUAAUAUCUACACUUAAUCACUCUGGUGUGGUAUGAAUGUCCAAUUGUGGACCCCAGACCUUAUGUUUGAUGCCCCUGCUAUAGAACCAUGAAUGACGUUGUCAUUCGAAGCGUUUGAGUAGUCCAGUAUGAAGAAUGGGAGUGUUUCCACUUUAAAAGAAUGCCUAAAUCCACAUGUGGCCGUGAUUACACCUCCGAGUUCACUUGGAGUCUGGUUGAAGGAAGCGCGUGCUGGCACGUGCCGUAGAUGAAGAUCGUGGCACAUGCCAGUAAGCUCAAAUUUCUAAAUUACCAAGUUGAUAAUUCACAGAUGCAAUUUGCACAACGAAACAGCUGCUAGAGGCCAGUUUUAAAAUGGGUCCCAAUAACUGGCUGCACACAGAAAGUAGGGGCUUUUAUUUUGUUUGAGUGGAAAGUUUUGACUGAGAAUGCAUCACCAUGCAAUCCCAGGCUGAAAGGUUUUACACUUUGAUGACAUUUCCAACAUGAAAACCUUCCAUUUUCCGCUUCACCUCAUCUCCAGAAUUCAUCUUCACUCCCAUGCUGAACAUCGUGUGAGAGCUUAACAAGCUCACUUUUGAUUUUCAGGUUUAGUUACUUCUUUUGCAUCAACACGGAGGAAAAAGUUUCAGGGACACCUUCCAUACGUGCUUAUAGAUCAGUUAUAGACCUUUCAGCUUAUCAGUACUGUAUAUUCAAAGGUCACUGGUGAUUUUUCCAUUAGCUGCUGCGACAGCUCGCCACUAUCAUGCAAAUCUGACAACAACAAUCUGACACUAUGUGCAAUAACUGCAUGCAUGGCCUCUGAAGUUCUCUUUUUGAAUGCUUAUUGAUGUCUUUGAUUUACUCAGUUCUCACACAUCUUUUAUCAUAUGUUAAAAAUGUAUUCUCUGGUUUAUCUUUCUCAGCUACUCAGAGAAAGAGCAAGUUCAUUUUGAAAUCCAGCAAGUUUUCAAAAUGUACCGUCCUGUCACGUGGUACUUUAUUACAUACUGCUGAACUGUUUCUUCUUGAAAUGCACAGUUUUUAAGAUGUAAAUGGAUGUAAAAUGAUCAACUUUAUCAUGUGUGUGUUUGUAAAUAAUGUCUUCAGUUCCUGAAUGUACUGUACUGGACCUGUGAGUGUCACAGAAGGAACAGAAACUGCUCUUUGUUUUGAUGGCAGCGGUGCAUGAUGGGGGAUGUGUAAAAUAAGUCUUCAGAGUGUUGUUUUGUUUUUAAAAAAAUCACAUAUUUCUGAAUUCUUAUCCUGUAAAAACAUGUCUAGAAUAAAAAUAGUUUACCUGA